CGCCCCCCUCCCCGCCUUUUUUAAAAAAGCAUUCCACCCCCAGCCACCACCCCGCUCCGACCCACGCCGAACCUCCGCGCACCCCCAGGCCCCGACACCACCACCAACUGCAAAAGAGAAAACAAAUCCCCAGACCCGGGCGCUACGCAGCCGGCGGCGGCCUCGGAGCACUGCCGGCGCGCACGAGCAGCGCGCAAGACGGCAAGAGGGUUAAAGUGUAGAUUGGAUUUCACCCCGGGAAAUCCAGCUCGCCGAGUGAACUUGAAUCUUUGGCUAUUUAAGGCGGACUGGGUUGGUCGUGAAGUUGCGGUGAGCCAGCGCAGAGCCGUCCUGAUUGAUCGCCUCGCAGGGCGCAGAUGACUCUAAAAUGAAUAGAUGAAAUUCUCGCUUCUCGACGAUUUUCUUGGGCAUCUCCGGGAAAGUGCGCUGUAAGGCGAAGUCAUGAUGUAUUCUCCCAUCUGUCUCACUCAGGAUGAAUUUCACCCCUUCAUCGAGGCACUGCUUCCACAUGUCCGUGCAAUUGCCUAUACGUGGUUCAACCUGCAGGCUCGGAAACGCAAGUACUUUAAAAAGCACGAGAAGCGGAUGUCCAAGGACGAAGAAAGAGCAGUCAAAGAUGAGCUGCUCAGCGAAAAGCCCGAAAUCAAACAGAAGUGGGCGUCCAGGCUCCUGGCCAAGCUGCGCAAAGACAUCCGCCAAGAGUACCGAGAGGACUUUGUGCUCACCGUGACCGGCAAGAAGCACCCGUGCUGCGUCCUGUCCAACCCCGACCAGAAGGGUAAGAUCCGGAGGAUCGACUGCCUGCGCCAGGCAGACAAGGUCUGGCGUCUGGAUCUAGUCAUGGUGAUCCUGUUCAAAGGCAUCCCCUUGGAAAGUACCGACGGAGAGCGGCUCAUGAAAUCUCCCCACUGCACAAACCCAGCACUUUGCGUCCAGCCACAUCACAUUACAGUAUCAGUUAAGGAGCUCGAUCUGUUUCUGGCGUACUACGUGCAGGAGCAAGAUUCUGGACAAUCAGGAAGUCCAAGCCACAAUGAUCCUGCCAAGAAUCCUCCAGGAUAUCUGGAAGACAGUUUUGUAAAAUCUGGAGUCUUCAAUGUAUCAGAGCUUGUGAGAGUCUCCAGAACGCCUAUCACCCAGGGAACUGGAGUCAACUUUCCAAUUGGAGAAAUCCCGAGCCAACCCUACUAUCAUGACAUGAACUCGGGGGUCAAUCUUCAGAGGUCGCUGUCUUCUCCACCAAGCAGCAAAAGACCCAAGACUAUAUCCAUAGAUGAAAAUAUGGAGCCAAGCCCUACAGGAGACUUUUACCCCUCUCCGAAUUCACCAGCUGCUGGAAGUCGAACAUGGCAUGAAAGAGAUCAAGAUAUGUCUUCUCCAACUACUAUGAAGAAGCCCGAAAAGCCAUUGUUCAGCUCAACAUCUCCACAGGAUUCUUCCCCUAGAUUGAGCACUUUUCCCCAGCACCAUCACCCCGGAAUUCCUGGAGUUGCCCACAGUGUCAUCUCAACUCGAACUCCACCUCCGCCCUCACCGUUGCCAUUUCCAACACAAGCUAUCCUUCCUCCAGCCCCAUCGAGCUACUUCUCUCAUCCAACGAUCAGAUAUCCUCCUCACCUGAAUCCUCAGGAUACUCUGAAGAACUAUGUACCUUCUUAUGACCCAUCCAGCCCACAAACCAGCCAGCCUAACAGCAGUGGUCAAGUGGUAGGGAAAAUGCCUGGCCAUUUCACGCCUGUCUUGGCACCCUCUCCCCAUCCCAGUGCAGUGCGACCUGUGACCCUGACCAUGACAGAUACUAAACCCAUCACUACAUCCACUGAAGGUGAGGCAGCUUCACCCACAGCGACCACCUACACAGCCUCAGGCACUUCUCAAGCCAAUCGAUAUGUGGGACUAAGUCCAAGAGACCCGUCCUUCCUACAUCAGCAACAGCUGAGGAUUUGUGACUGGACCAUGAAUCAAAACGGCAGGCAUUUAUACCCCAGUACCAGUGAGGAUACAUUGGGAAUUACUUGGCAAAGUCCUGGUACCUGGGCUAGCUUGGUUCCUUUCCAAGUAGCAAAUAGGACACCCAUUCUACCGGCAAAUGUCCAAAAUUACGGUUUGAACAUAAUUGGAGAACCUUUCCUUCAAGCAGAAACGAGCAACUGAGGGAAAAGCGAAAUACACCUCAGUUUAUGAAACUAAAAUAAAGGAAGACUGGACAAAACAAAAUAAACAAACAGAAAAAAAAGGGAGAGAGGAAAGAAACUGAAGAAAGAAGAUAUUAGACCAGCAAUUGCAGCACUUACAAUCACUAAUUCCCUUAAGAUUGAAACUGUAAUGACAUAAAAAAGGGUCGAUGAUAUUUCACUGGUGGGUAGAUCACAGGCCUUGCGAUGUAGCGUUUGUUACAUGAAGUCCGCUGGGAAAUAGAUGUUCUGUCUCUACGACAAUAUAUUUUAACUGACUUUCUAGAUGCCUUAAUAUUUGCAUGAUAAGCUAGUUUUAUUGGUUUAGUAUUCUUGUUGUUUACGCAUGGAAUUACUAUUCCCAACAAAGGUUAGGAGGCCGUGUCAGAGGGGCUGGAAGACAAGGGCCUUGAGCCAGCCAUUUUAUAAGCACUCUGAUUUCUAAAAGUUAAAAUAUAUAUAAAUAUAUAUAUGAAAUCUCUGUAGCCUUUAGUUAUCAGUACAGAUUUAUUAAAUUUGGCCCUUAACCCAGCCUUUGCCAGUGUGUAACCCAGUUUGAAAUCUUACUGAAAAAAAAAAAAG